GCAUUUCUCUCCUCUGAAUCACAAGAAACUGUGGAUACAUAUUACAUUUUCCAAGAGACAAGAAACAUGGACGCACGACCUUUGUCCUUCUCCGUUCUCGUCAUCCUCAUUGCCGCGGCGACUUUGGCCAGUGGUUACUCUCCUCCUACUCCUCCUCCAACCACCGUAUACCCCGCCGUGAAAACCGUGGAAGCGGCGGUAGAAGGAAUGGUGUACUGUCAAUCCUGCGACAAGUACGGGUCAUGGUCGUUGGGCGGAGCAGAAGCCAUAGCCGGAGCCAAAAUCAGCAUCAUUUGCAAGAACCACAGGCAGCAAGUGAGCUUCUACAAAGUCUUUCAGACCGAUUCGUACGGCCAUUUCUACGGUGAGCUCAAAGGUUUGAAAAUGACUCCACAUUUCUUAGACCAUCCUCUCCACGCUUGCCGUGCCAAACUCGUCUCUUCACCUCGUGAGGACUGCAAUCUCUUCUCCAACAUUAACAAUGCUCUGGACGGUGCUUCCCUACGUUAUGAAGAGAAGAGGCUCAAGUGGAAGAACUAUGAAGCUGUAGUUUACGCCGCUGGUCCAUUGGCUUUCCGUCCUGAUCAUUGUCCCGCUACUACUGCACCACCUCCUACUUACUGAUUCGAGUUUGUGUGUUUUGAAGAUCAUCAUAAUAUACUAAUUAUAUAAGAAAAAUGUUUCCCUUUUUUUUAUGGUUUGCCAAUUGUUUGUAAGAUGAGUUAUGUGUUGUGUAAUAUUGUAAUGGGACUCCUUUGAAUCGAGCAUACUCAGUUCAAGAUCA